CUACUGCAAACCACACCUACUGCAGCCUGAGAAGCAGGAAGUUCCUCCCACUUUCACAUAUAAAUAGAACUGUAAAUGAAAACAAAAACUAAUCCAGUCAGUGUUCUUUGGAAAAUGGCAAAAUCCAAUGUCACACUAGAUCAGAAUGAGUUCAUCUGUCCAAUAUGUCUGGAUCUACUGAAGGAUCCAGUGGCUAUAGCCUGUGGACACAGUUACUGUAUGAGCUGCAUUAAGAGCUGCUGGGAUCAGGAGGAUUAUGCUGGAGUUUACAGCUGCCCCCAGUGCAGACAGACCUUCACACCCAGACCUGUUCUGUACAGAAACACCAUGCUGGCUGAGGUGGUGGAGAAACUGAAGAAGACUGGACUACAAACAGUUACUCCUGCUGAUGAUUAUGCUGGACCUGGAGAUGUGGAGUGUGACGUCUGUACUGGGAGAAAAUACAAAGCUGUCAAGUCCUGCCUGGUGUGUCUGGCCUCUUACUGUGAAUCUCACCUCCAGCCUCACUAUGAGUCUCCAGCUUUUAAGAAGCACAAGCUGACUGAUGCCACUGGACAUCUGCAGGACAAGGUCUGUUCCCAGCAUGACAAACCCCUGGAGGUCUACUGCCUUACUGACCAGCAGUGUAUCUGUUAUCUCUGUACGAUGGACGAACACAGAGGCCAUGAUACAGUCUCAGCUGCUGCAGAAUGGGUGGAGAUACAGAAACAAAUGGGAGAAACACAGAAGGAAUUUCAGCAGAGAAUUCAGAUGAGAGAGAAGGAGCUGCAGGAGCUGAGAGAGGCUGUGGGCUCAAUCACAGUGAGUAUGAACCUGAAGAGAAGAUAA